AUGUUGAAUAAUAUCUUUCAAAGUGAUAAUGAAACAUGUCCUCAAAUGGACAAUGAUACUUCAACACAUGGAUUAACUCCGAGACCAGAUCGAAACGAAAUUGUUUAUCGGAGAACUAUUGCCAAUAGUUUACCAGCUAUCCUUAUGACUUGUACACUUGGUAUGAUAAUGCCAUUUCUUGGCAAACGAUUCGUACUUAUAUUACCUAUGGUAGGUAUUACUAUUCAAAUGAUAAUUGCUCUGGCAAUCAUUUAUUUGAAUUUGGAAAUCUAUUGGUGGUAUUUAAGUGGUUUUAUGUUAGGUUUAUUGGGUAAUCCGGAUUUUGUCAUUAAUUUGAUUAUUGUCGAUUUAACGAAUGUGAAUAAUCGAUCAUUGUGGUUCGUUCGCUUUUAUGCACUAAGGAGUAUUUUGACAGGAUUGAUAACAUUUUUGAUUUCUUGUUUUGUUCAAUAUCAUGGUUAUAUUGGGCUAUUUUGGUUUGCUCUUAUUUUGCAAUUGAUCUCAAUUGGUGUUAUUAUUCGAUAUUUUGAUUUAACACUUUAUAAUCAUACAAAUAUGAAAAUCAAGCAUCGACUUUUUCUAACUUUCGAUAUAUUCAUUAUUUUCCAUGGAAAUCGUCGAUCUACUCAACAAAAGAUUAGUGUUUUAUUGAUUCUAAUUGCUUAUGGUUUUUAUGCUUUGGCAAAUUCAGUGGUCACAGCAUUUUACAUGGCACUUGCUACAUAUCCUAUUUGUUGGUCAUUGAUGUUGAUUAAUAUCUAUAAACUAGUGAUGAAUAUUAGUCUUGGAAUUUUUGGUCUUAUCGGCUAUUAUAUAUUAUCUCGAUUGAUAAAAGCAAAUGAUAUUCUGAUCUGUGUUAUCGGUAGUAUUUUUUUGCUUAUAACACAUAUCUGGACAGCCUUUGCACAAUACAAUUGGCAAGUAUUCAGCAAUAGUAUAUUUUAUUCAUUUGGUAACUAUCAAAAUCCAUUGACUCUAUCAAUAUUAGCAAGAUGGUUGAAACCAAGUGAAACCAAUAUUGCAUUUAUAUUUAUCAUUAUCAUCAAUCAAUUGAUUACAUCAUUUGGUGAUUAUUUUUUCAAGUGGAUCUUUAUGAACACGACAUAUCAAUAUAAAAACAUAAUACUGUUUGUAGCGGGUGGAUUUGGUCUAAUCACAUUAAUUCUCAACAUAUGUCUCUAUGUAUUCAAACGUCGCAUAUUAAAUUCAUCAUCAAUAGAUGGUGAAACAACUGCUUUGUUGACGGAUGUUGACAACAAUUCUAAUUCAAUUCAAUCCAAUACUCUAAAUCCUGCUCAAUCACAACCGGCUAAUGAUAAUUCACCAGUGUCUUUUCGGUUGUUCACUAUUGGAAAUCUUACUCUUAGUGUUACUAUCGGUGCUCCACGAAAAUCUAAGAGGCAGCUAGCACCAAAUGUUGAAACAAAUCAAGAAGAUACUACUACACAAGACAAUCAGAAUCUAAUCAAUCUUUGA